AUGACUUGUGUGGAUGAGCAUGAUUUUGGCAUGGGGUAUUUGGAGACCAUGCGGGUUGUCAGAAACUUUGGGUCACAUUGGGGGAUAGUACCCUCCGAUGAUGAGGGUAAUGAGGGUGAUGAGCAGCCUGAUACACAACUAGAACAACAACCAAAGCCACGGCCGAGGCUCAGAAACGUGAUAGGAAGAGGAGAAAGGGGGAAACCAAUGCAUCCACCCGCACCCAUGGUAGGAUCCCAUAUUAGGGACGAUAUGGAUUGGGGGUACUAUGGAGAACAUGGUUCAGCAUUUCCAUAUGGAGCAGCCGCCUCAUCUUGGGUAUCAUUACCCAAUUUUCCCGAGGUGGACAGAGUAUCGAGGACAUGGAGGAGAUGGGGAGGGCACUAG